GGUUUUCAGGGGCCUGGAAGAGCCAGCAGGGUAGUGGGGAGCCAGUGAUGGGCCACCAUGUGGCCCCUGUAGUGCCCCAGCAGAAGUACAGCAGGUGUGGAGCAGGGCACCAGGUGGCCCUGGGACUUCGAGAGUGGCUCAGUGGCGAUCCCAUCCAUUCAGCGGUAACUGAAGCCCUGCGGGCACCAGGCAAGGUUCCGGGCUGCAGCGGAACGCGGAACCUGCAUGACAACCUGUCAGAUCUGCGCGCCCAGGUGGCGGCCAACCAGAAGGGCAUCCAGCUGGUGGGCGAGCUCAUUGGGCAGUAUGGCCUGGAUGUGGUGCAGGCCUACAUGGGCCAUAUUCAGGCAAACGCUGAGCUAGCUGUGCGAGACAUGCUUCGGGCCUUUGGAACCUCCCGGCAGGCCCGGGGCCUGCCCCUGGAGCUGUCUGCAGAGGACCACAUGGACGACGGUUCUCCCAUCCGACUCCGAGUGCAGAUCAACCUGAGUCAGGGCAGCGCGGUGUUCGAUUUCAGCGGCACGGGGCCCGAGGUGCUGGGCAACCUCAACGCGCCUCGCGCCGUCACGCUGUCUGCGCUCAUCUACUGCCUUCGCUGUCUGGUCGGCCGCGACAUCCCACUCAACCAGGGCUGCCUGGCACCGGUGCGUGUUGUGAUCCCUAAGGGCUCCAUCCUGGACCCGUCCCCAGAGGCGGCGGUGGUGGGCGGCAACGUGCUUACGUCGCAGCGGGUGGUGGACGUCAUCCUGGGGGCCUUCGGGGCCUGCGCCGCUUCCCAGGGCUGCAUGAACAACGUGACCUUGGGCAACGCCCACAUGGGCUACUACGAGACGGUGGCGGGCGGCGCGGGCGCGGGCCCCGGCUGGCAUGGGCGCAGCGGUGUGCACAGCCACAUGACCAACACGCGCAUCACCGACCCCGAGAUCCUGGAGAGCAGGUACCCAGUUAUCCUGCGCCGCUUCGAACUGAGACGGGGCUCUGGGGGGCGCGGCCGCUUCCGGGGCGGCGAUGGUGUUAUCCGCGAGCUGCUUUUUCGUGAGGAGGCGCUGCUGCCUCUCUAUCGACCUCUCUAUCGAUCUACUGGAUCUGUGUGA